GUAGCUGAUACAAACAAUGUUAAAAGGCUGUUUCGACUCGCCUUACGGCCAUCGUAGAGGAAAUGGGACUGAGGUAUAAAACGGUGGUUUUUCGACACGCCGUAGGGGAAAUGUGGCUGGAGCGAAAAGUGUCAAUGUUAUUAUUUUUUAAGGGAAUUCCCCUUCCACCGCAAGCCACGCCCAUAGUUGGGUUGUCGAUCCGAUUUCGGAUUUGCCUUUGCAUUGCCUCACCAUCAUCAAUUUGUAAGAUUUAUCCAGAAGAUUUGAUACCCCCUGAACUGCAUUCUCUCAUCACUUGUGCAUCUUGUCACAUGAUCAAGCAAGAUGCGUGUGAGCUGGGAUUGGAAAGCUUGGAUAGUCAUCAUCUUCUCCAUCUACCUGUGGUCUUUACCAGUUGAUGCAGGCAGUCCACCUAAAAAGGCAGCCAAGAAGUCCAAAAAUGGAACGCCGGAAGUCAAGCUCUCUGAUAGGACUGUAAUGGAGAGAGGACUGGUCCAAGAAAACCCCAAAACAAAAGAUAUCCACAAGGAGCAUGCCAACUACUGCAACGCCAAGUCAGAGGAAAGGCAAUUCACAGGAGAGGUGCUUGGCUAUGUUACCCCAUGGAACUCUCACGGGUAUGACAUUGCUAAAUGGUUUGGUGGAAAGUUCACUGCAAUCUCUCCAGUGUGGCUACAGGUAAAGCGGAUAGCGUCCAGGGAGUUUACCAUCAAUGGUGCCCAUGAUAUAGAUAAAGGCUGGGUUAAAGAGGUCAAGAAAGGAAAACGUCAGGUUGGUCUUGCUCCCAGACUUUUGUUUGAUGGUUGGACCAUGAGGGACUACGAUGCGGUCUUCAAGAGCGAGGCAGAAAUUAAAAGUUUGGCAGAUACAAUAGUCAAAUUCUAUCAGAAACAAAAAUUUGAUGGCGUUGUCCUAGAAGUAUGGAGUCAGGUUCGUUCCAUGAAUAAAGACGAUCUCCUUCACAUGGUUGUCGAUAUAGCAGAUGCAGUCCACAAUGCUGGAAUGACUUUCUAUCUGGUUAUACCUCCACCUUCGCUGGGCGAGCAGCAAUCUCUUUUUACAAAGGAUAACUUUGAUAUGUUGGCGCCUGUGGUAGAUGGAUUUAGCCUCAUGACAUAUGACUUCUCCAAUGUACAAAGACCUGGUCCCAAUUCUCCUAUUGAAUGGGUGAGACUAUGCGUGGAGGCUCUGGUCCCAGAUCCAGGACCUAAUCGUGCUAAGGUCCUUCUUGGUCUGAACUUCUAUGGUUAUGACUUUGGUCCACAAGCAGCUGAUGCUAUCACAGGCCCAAGGUAUUUAGAAUUACUCAAGAAAAACAAAUUAAAAUGGGACUCAAAUUCAGCAGAACACUACUUUGAAUACAAAGAUGGAUCUAUUUCUCGACGUGUAUUUUAUCCGACUCUCCAGUCAAUAUCAAUGCGAAUAGAUUUAGCUCGGGAGCUUGGCACUGGAAUAUCAAUAUGGGAACUUGGACAGGGUUUGGAUUACUUCUAUGAUUUAUUAUGAUAAGUUUAUUAUAUAUUAUUAGGUAUUUGAAAUUGAUUUCUAAUUGUUAACUUCUCAGUGCCUUAUGGGAGUAUUCAGACACUGUACCAAAUCAAUCAUGUCUAGCAUUGUAUUUAUUAGUUAGUUUGUUAAAAUCACUUCUUGAAAAGAGCUAUCAAAUGAAAAUAUAAAACAAGGAACCAUGCCAUCACAUUUCCUAUUUACAACCCAGUAAGCUCAAAUUCUUGACUGCUGUAAAAACCCUUUCUUUUUAUGAAAGUCUGCAUUGCUAUCUAAAAUCUCUGACUGAGAAUUGUGUUUAUUGAAGCUUUCUUUUGCUGAGAAGUUGAAAGUUGUAUUUAUGCUAUAAUGGUCUAAAGUCUCACUUGUUGAUUAAAGUUUCAAUAGGGUUUGUGUCCUCAGACUUCACAAGUGGGCUCAACAGCUUACUGCUACAUUGGGUAAAAGAGAACAGUUUAUUGCUAUCAUGAAUAUUGGAUGACAUGUAGGCAUCAGUGAAACAUAACCCCCUCUUCUUGUGCCAAACAGAGUUUGAAUUACAGGGGCCACAUUUCAUUUUAAAAUACACAUUCCAUUUUAUGUUCUUUAAUUUAGAUUGAGUUUCUAGAAACUGACCUCUGGCACAGUGGGGGGGGGGGGGGAGUUCACUCAAAUUAUUUUUUGAUGGGGGUGUGCCUCACGAAAUUCUGAAAUGGGGGUCUAAGGAACUGACUACAAGGGUAAAGUACGGGGUCGUGAGGACUUAAAUACCGCGCAGCAUGAAAAACAGGGUCUACGGAACGGGAUCGCGGCACUGUAGGUACACUGCACAUUAGUGCUGGGCAUGCGCUAGCCAUGCAGAGAGCGGCCUCUAAUUAUAUGGAGGGAGUUGCGAAGCCAUACGUGCAUCUCUCACAUGUAGCACUCGCGCUCGUGCUUGACAAUUUUGGCAGGGCAGGGGAACUGAGAUGUCUCGUAAUGGGGGUCUUGCGAGUGGGGCUGGGCGGCUUCUGAAUUGAACUUUUGUCAUUCGUAGUAUCUAGAGAAGUGAAAAUUAGGUCUGAAAAGGGGGGUCAUCAAAGCGGCAAGUCCCCGUACCGCCCAUAUAUGUAAGUGCCCCCCCCCCCCUCCCGGGUACCGUAAGCCUAUAGAGAAUUUGUCAGAUUUUGGCAAUCUGUGCAAUAUGCUCAGAUAUUACACAGGCAAAAUCAUGUAGACCAAAAUCUGUGUUUUAAUGCUCUGCUAAAAAGCCAAAUAAUAUAGAUAAUAGUUUAUACACCACAAAAUACAUAACCCUUGUGAAAAUUUGGCUUGGAGUAUGUAUGUUGCCAUUUGAAAAUCUCCAAAUUAAGAUUUUUAUCCAUUUUGCGAUAUUCAUAGAGAUGUUUUUCAGCACGUUUUAGCCAUGUGAAAAUAUCAAUAAUGAACAUUUAUUUGUAUAUUAAAUUGAGUAAGGUAAAAAUCAUGGGUAAACUAAAUGCCAAUAUGAUUUGUAGGAUACUCGUACAUCCAUUAAAUAAACUCUACCAAACUGAUGUUAUUUGCCAUAAGGCAAUAUCCAGUGGCUUUACAUAUCGUCUUCUGGUCAUAAAUCUUGUUCUACUCAAUUUAUGUCCAAAUAGUGUCAAAUUCCUCAGGAAAACAGAAUGAUAUUCCUACAAUAAUGAGAGCCUAGAAAAAACUAUUUUAUUAAUAAGUAGCAUGUAUUUGGAACUAUUUUUUCUUGACAGUUUUUUUUUUAGUUCAGAAUUUUACUUCAUUUCAUUUGAGCUAGAAUUUGGUAGAACAUGGUAUCCAUGGAAACUUUUCCAUUUGAUGGUGAAGUUACCACUGAUGGCAAGUGUUUUUGCAGCAGUACUUGCAUUUUUUUAUGAGGCCACAAAGGCACAAGGGGUAAAAUAUACAAAUGUAUUUCAUGUAAUAUUGUUACAGUUUGACUGUAUUCCAUUCAAUGGUCAACAUGUUUUUAAUAUUCGUUUAUCAUUUGUGUCUUCUUAAAAUUUUCUUUAUUAAAGUUCCAAGAGCUACAAGUUAUUUCAUUCUCAUCUUCAACAUUGGAAUUAUUGUGAAUAAUAACAUAAUUUCGCUGCAGUACUUAUCUGACAAGAUUGAUGGAGAACUGGAUGUGAAAGUAUUGAGCAAGAGGGGCGAAUAUCAAAUAGCUGGAUUUAUAGUGCUUUUUACCAGAGGAUACAAAGUAUUACUAUUAUUACUCUGGUUUCAGCUCAAAGUACCACUUUAUCAGCAGAUCUUAGUGCAUUUACAUGUCAGGAAUAAAAGUUGAAUAGGAAGGAAUAAUAAAAGUGACAGAGUAAGAGAGAGAGAGACAGACAGACAGAGAGGGAAAUUGAAAGAAGAGAGAUGGAAGUAUGAAAGGAAUGAUGAAUAAGGAGAGGUGGGAUGAGAGAGCAAAAGAUAAGUGAGUGUAAUUUUUUUUUCUUGAUGCCAAUAUUCAAAUUAUAUGUAAAUUUUAUUGUUAAUUCUUAUUUACUGUUUUUCUCAAUGAUGACUGAAUGUAUCAAAUAAGAUUAUAUACUAAGAAUUAAAAAAAGUAAACAGGUUUUACAUUG